AACCAGAUCAAGGAGAAGAGAGAUCCAAUCCAGAAAACAACAGGUAAUCCCACCUAUCCUGUCCCUGCGCCUCCCCAUAUUGUCCCCGGCGGCGAGCCUCCCCGCCGCGGGGAGGCUCGCCGCCGUCGGCCUCUCCACCUUCUUCUCCGGCCGGGCCCUGCAGUUACUUUUCUUCGGGCGGGUCGGCGCUCGGUCGGCCAUGCGCACCGGCGAGGCCCCGCGCCAGGCGCGCGGUGGAUUCCUCGUCGGCCGCGUCGGAGAUUGGAUCCGCGCGCGCACGGCUUGCGCCCACUGCGCCGACUACCCUAUUCGGAUACACGUGCUCAGGCGAUCUCCAGCAGGAGUCGUCAAGCGCGCAGGCCGCAUCUGCGCGGGGUACCGGCUGUACCUUUCCCUACGGUCCGUCUACAGCUUCUUUCAAGAAUCGAUACUAACAGUCUUUGCUUAUUUCCAGGGCAUGGAACCUGCAAAAUUGCGUGACUACAUUCUCCACAGCGAACGCUGGGUUUAUUUGGAUGUGUACGUGGGUACUCUCGAUGGUGGCCCCCUUCUUGGAAAUGUUCCCAAAGGCCAGAUGGUGGGGUAUCUCCCAAGACACCUUCACCUUAAUGCACAGAAGACAAUGUAUCUCAGCAUUCAGUUGCUGCUGAAAGUCAUAGGCAUUGGCUGCUGUCCAAGAAACUUAAUUGUCAAGAACAUUGUUAUAACAAGCCCUGAUUGCCGUCCCAGAUUCACUGCCAACGUAGACUUUGACCAGAACCCUGAUAAUCGGACUUGUGAUGCAGCAAUGUCUGCCUUGGCAGGAAUCUUUGAGACCAUCCUUUGUAAGCAUCUGCCUGGCCAUGAGUCUGUACCUGACGAAGUGCACAACUUGCUCUAUCUUAUGCGUCAGCCGGACUGCUUCAAGUUGACGGAGGCUAUCCAAUAUCAUCCAUGCCUAGUGCCGCUGGAAAAUAGAGGGCAUCUCUUUCUGAAGGAAUAUCAAUACACAGUUGAUAUCCUGAGGAAGAUUGAACCUUUAAAUUUCAGAUACGUGAUGACGCAGCUCGUGUACCCGAGACAUUGGAAAAUCAUAGCAGAAUCCAAUCCAUACGUCCAAGCUGUGAUUGAGAGGGGUGACUAUGACUCCGAAAGAAGCAAGGAGUCUACGUAUACUCCACUUGAACCACUCAAGUUGCAAAGGCACGCUCCAUGCCAUUGCCUCCAGGAUGCUGCCAACAAAAUGAUGCCACACGGCCUGGGCUUUGAGCCAGCCGAUAUGAACCACUCUCUAUACAUAAUGUCCGAGCACUUACUGGCGUCUCUUCAGUUGGCUCUCCACCGUGUAGGCCACCUAGCUUGCCUCAAAACAAGUUUCCUCUUCCCCUGGAAUUAAAAUGUAAUUGGAGAGCUUCCCGUGGAAUUAAAAUGUAAUUGGAGAGCACUGGUGUAGUUAGUUAUGUAGAUACUACAGAAUUUAUACAUUAGGUCUGUUAUAUAGUACUGUACAUGGCUGAAAGCACGUUUUGUUUUGUAGUUAUAGAUACUACAGAAUUUAUACAUUAGGUCUGUUAUAUAGUACUGUAUAUGACAAUUUGAUAGAGAGCAUUAAAAAUAGAGAUUUACCUGCUUCAUCAAUUACUAUUA